AUGUCAAUGUCCAAGUCACCCGAUACAUUUAACGCGUCACGUGGGCGUGUUCGGGUAAACGACAUUCAAGAGGAUGAAGAACGUGCUAAUGCCGCGUAUGCAGAGAAGCACAACCUGCAAAGUUUAUUUUCUGAGUUAUCUGAAUAUCUUUCUGAUAAAGACCCCAAAACAGAAUUAGAAGCUGAGCGAUGUCUUUUGGAAUUUCUUUCACAUCGAAAGGCAGAACGAGAUCGUGCUGCAUUACGGCUUCAUUUCACCAACUCUUUUGAAGUGAACCUGGAUAAUGGAAGGAAAAUAUUGAAAGUUCAGGUGGGUCAAGAAACAUCAACACUCCUCUUAGAACAAAGGGGUCGUGUCUGGAACAUGGAUGAAGCCUUUGUAAUUUCUCUGGAGAAGAUGGAGGAGCUAACAGAAAUGUUUUACGAGCUUGGUAGAUUUGUAGUAGAUGUGCCAAAGGGAGAACAAGGAGGAUUUAUUAGUAUUGAUGAUCGAGAUGUUUAUUUUCUUUCUGCGGGCAGAGAUUGCAUGGAAGCAGGUGAUGAGCUGUUUAACUUGGCUAUGCAUAUAAGCAUGCAACAAGGGGUGAAAAGUAGUACAAGUGAGGAGAAAUAA